CUGCCUCCAUGCUUCUCAGUACGUGACCCUCUGCAGAGAUACAGAGCUUAUACAUGCUGAUAUGACCCCAGGAAAAUAACAGAAAGCAAUUCCUAUGGUUUAUGUUAUGCUGUCAAGUGGUUCCAGAGAUGCAGAGAGAAGAUGACCCCUUACCAAUAGAAACCCCCUUUAAGACCUCAGGCAUUGCAGGUGCUGUGCCAUGAAUUAAAUUAAAUGCAGCAUAUGAGCCACAUCUUAUAGACUACACUUGCAACAGAGUGAAAUUUGACAAUUAAUGUGCCAUCACAAAACCUUUUAGAUACAGUUUUUACAAAAAUAACAGUGGGUUAAUGUUGUGAACAGGAACUAUUCAGUCUGCAAAUAAAUCCAUGAAUGUCUUGUUCACAGCAGAGUCAUUACUGAAAAAUAACUGAAUUCUGUUAUCAACCUGGCUGCAUAAACUUCAAAAUAACAGCCUAUCAGAAGUUAGAGUUGUGUUCCUUUAUAGACAUAGCAGAAAGUGGAAGUCAAAUACACACAGGAAGAGGAUGGCACCUGAGAUACAGGCAGUGGUGCAUGCUACACAAGCCUGGCUGCAGUCCUCCUGGCAUGUCCAGGUGCCCUUUGCCUGGCUGGAAGCCUGCGUGGAGUGGCUACAGGAAGAGGCAGGAGGGGCAGGUCGUCUGUCACAGCAGCAAAUCAACCAACAGGCGCUGGACCAGUGGCUGUUGACAGAUCUGAGAGACCUGGAUUACCCUGUUCUCCCUGAAGGACUUGCUGUGGCCCAGAAGACUGAACUCAGUGGCACAUUCUGUGUCCAGGUUGACUCAUUACUGGAUGUCAGUCAGCCUGCGUAUGGUCAGCUGCAGAAGUGGAAGGGCACCGACUGUGCCAAUGACGAGGUGUCUGCAGUCACACAGAUCACGCAGAGGCCCUGGGAAGCCAAACCUACCCGUAUGCUACUACUGCAGGUGACAGAUGGAGUCCAGAGCUUGGAGGCCAUGGAGUAUCAGCCUAUACCUGCACUCAGCUCAGCGCUCAGGCCCGGUGUGAAGCUGCAGUUGCAAGGACAGAUGGUUUGCAGACUUGGGAUGCUGCUGUUGGGGCCGGCUAACAUCAAAGUCCUGGGUGGUGAGGUGGAGGACUUGGUGGACAGGAAUAAUCAGGGCAGGGUGCUGUGUCGGACGCUGGGACUUCCUGAGGAGCAGCAGCAGCAGGAAGGAGAGGAGGCCCCACCAGCAUCACAACAAGGUAAUCAGGAAAUGGAGGACCUGGAGCUGGAUGAUGCAGAGUUGUUGGCCAGUCUGGGGGCCCAGGAAGAAGUGGAAAGGGUUCAGGAUGGGUCUGUUCAAGAGAGUGGCUACGGGACACUCAGUGAGACCUCCACUCAGUUCUCGAGAACCUCCUCUGUCUCAGCAGCCUCAUCCAGAAGUGCAGCCUCCACCCGCUCUUACAGAAGUGGUUCGACCCAGCGCAACAGAGGUGGUUCAGUCCAAAGACGUCGCCACGAUAAUGAGCAAGAUGAUUCUGACCUCUUUGAAGUCUUACCUUCUGACCAUAGGAUUCAGCAAGAGGUCCAAUCUCACGACAUGGCAGAAGUAGACUUUCCUGAUGAAGAUUUUGAUGAUCUGCCCCUGGAUGAGUUGGACAGCAUGAUUUUUGAGGAAACAACAAAUGUUACUGCGCAGUCUGACAGCAGUCACAGAAGCACGCCACAAAAUAACAGCAGAAUAACAGGAAGUCCUAACAGUUUGGACAGAGCAACAAAACCCAAAACCGCCCUGUUUGAGCAGCACACUUUAAAUGGCUCAGGGUCACGGUUUGGACCUAGCAACUCCAGGUCUGUCACACAGAAAAGAGACUAUCAAGGCUGUACCAAAGGAGCUACAGGGCGGUUAUCCGCAGCAACUUCCACAUCUGUCUUUUCACCAGCAGCUCUAGAGCCAUCGCAUGAAUUUGAAUUUGUAACUAACAAUGAGUGCGAUUUUAUGGAUGAGGAUAUGGACUGCUUUCUUGAAGAUGUAGAAACGUAUGGAAUGCAACCUGAGAGGACUGAAGGGCCAAAUCAGCUCCCUGUUCAACAAGGACCGAGAAGAGAGAGAGAGAUCGCUACCAACACAACAGAAAGUUCAGGCUCCAGUUAUACACUGUGCAGCAAAUCAUCAAAAAGUUUAACAGAUAGGUUUUCUACUAAGACAGAGCUUGCAUGUGAGAGCUCGCACAGCACACCUCAGGGGCAAACAGACUCUGUUAGACUAUCAGCUAAUGAAGAUCCACAGAGUGACAGCACAGUCCCUGCUCUCACUCUGACCACGCCACCUUUUACAUACUUGUUCCUCCUAGAACAGCUGAUGUCCAAACCACACCCCCACACCACUGAGAUCCGUGUCAAAGCUUUCAUUGUGACUCUCUUGGGGAAACUGAGCGGCAACAAUGGUGUCUGGAGUAUUUGUGCAGUAAUAUCUGACGGAACUGGUUACUUAGACGUGAAGUUGUCUGAUGAGGUUUUGACGGGUCUGCUGGGCUUCUCUGUGGCGGAGAAGGCGGUUCUGAAGCGUGACCCAGCCCGGAGAGGUGAGCUUGAUGCUGGGAUGAGGAGAUGUCAGGAAGAGCUGGUGGACAUGUGCUGUGUUAUGACCAUCUUGAUUGAGCCAGAGGGUAGAAAAGCUGUGGUAACCAAGGCAGAGCGGGCCAGUGAGAAAGUACUCCAGGAGCUGGAGCAGAGGGUGAGAGAUAGGAGAAAAUAAACACAUAGAGGUUUAGGGGAAGUGGGUGAAAAUUACAGGUAGCAGAGAAGUAUAUUGCUGCAGAGUUUAAAAAAUGCCAGCAAAAUUGAAGCAGAUAUAAUACUGCACAUUGACAUUGCCUUUAAGUUUUCCCUCUUGAAAUGAAACGAAGGUAUUUUUUAAUAUUGGUCAUCAAUCUGCCCCUCUGCCUCAUAUUUGGAGAGCAGAAUGUGUGAACUGGAUAGCGGAUGAUUAGCAAGCAGUGUGUUGCAAUGCAUCCCAUCUGCUAUAUGUGAAUGUGACAUUCUGUCAUUUGUCAUUAGAGCACUUCAUUCAUCUAUUCAGAGGGCAAUUUCCUGCUUCAAAUGCAGCGCAUCAUUGCUAAACAAAGUAAACAGACUAAAGAUGGAAUAUUUUAUCUAUAGUACAUACUAAUGAUUGGUUAUCGGCAUAUUAGUUCAAACAAUCCAGAGUGGAGCACACCAGCCAGAUUGUCUGUACUAUUUAAAGCUAUGCAAAGAUGAGAGACAUUUAAGAUGAGAAAAGGGAACGGGGGGGCAAAAAGAAUUCAUAUUCUGAUUGUUGUAAUGAGUUUCCAGGCUUUGCAUUCAUUCAGUGCAUCCAUUACAUCUGACUGAAAAAUGAUUGAAUAUCCAAGGGCAGCAUGGGUCUUUAAUAAACUCCCCCAGAGGCAAACGAGAGGAAAGAAAGAUAAAGGAGAGGCCAUGAGCUUCAAUUAUUUCUCUUCAUUAUAGAGGCUCAUCUAUGUUUUUGUCUUUGAAGAGCACAUAUACCACAAAUGUGGUGCUUUGCCUGUAUUUACUGUAUAUUGAAAUAAAAUUGUUCAGAAGGGUUUAUAAGUUUCUUUUA